AUGCCCCCUACCAAAGCCAUCCUCUGCCUGCACGGCGGCGGCACGUCAGGCAACAUCUUCCGCAUGCAGCUAGCCAAGAUCCGGCUUCAGCUCAAGGACGAAUUUGAGUUCGUCUUCAUGGACGCUCCGUACCCCGCAGACGCCGGUCCGGGCAUCCUCCCCAUCUUCGCAGCGGCCGCGCCCUUCUUCGGCUGGUUCGGCGGGUCGAGCGCCGACAUUGACGGCCGGCUGGAGACGAUCAACACGUCAGUCCGCGCGGCCAUCGAGGGUUGGGCGGCGUCGCGGACGACCCUGGCCACCAUCGUCGGCAUCUUGGCCUUCUCCGAGGGCGCCCUGGCGGCCUCGAUGCUGCUCUGGCAGCAGGAGCGAGGCCGCCUCCCGUGGCUGCCCGUCGUGCGCUUCGCCGUCCUGAUCUCCUGUUUUUUCCCAGACCAGGCCGCCGCCUACAUGGCGGCCGACGAGGCGGCUACCGGGCACGAGAGGACGCUCAUACGCGUCCCGACCCUGCAUCUGCACGGCCGGCAGGACUUUGCCUUGGCCAGGAUGAGGAAGUUGGUCAGCGAGCGGUGUGAUCCUGAUACGGCCAGGGUCGUGGAUUUCAACGGAGAGCAAAAGGCAAUAGAAACCCUUCUCCAAGUAGACGGGGAUAAUAAAUUGAUGAUUCUUUUGGGUUUUGCGUUAACUGCUUCGCCAAUGUGA